AUGGAUGAAGAAGAUAAGAGGCACGAAGUGUCGGCAAUUGCACGAGUACCCCGCCUAUACAUGACAGAUUGGGUUGGGGCAGCUUCAGUCAACGAGAGCAAUAUUCUCGAAAUCACGCAUAUUCUUUCUGUAAUGACAGCAGGGGAACUGGAACAAUAUGGGCCUGACGAAAGUCCUGGUGUCGAACUGAGGCAUCUUGACAUUGCGGACGAGCCAGCUGCUGCAAUGCUCCAGCACCUGGACAAACAAUGCGUAUGGAUUGACGAUGUCCUCACGAACUUUCGCGCAAGGGAUGGUCGUCAGGGUGCGAUUAUCGUCCACUGUCAACAGGGCAUCUCAAGAUCCGCGGCAGUCAUCGUGGCAUACUUGAUGAAGAAGUUCGAUUUGGACUUCGACGAAGCCAUGAAAGAGCUCAAAAAUUCUCGUAGCAUCGUGAAUAUGAAUCCAGGGUUUCAAGACCAACUGCGAAAGCAUUGGCGGGUGCCCACGGGCAGGACGACGCCUGAUCGCCCACCACGAAGAGACACGGUAACCAGUCUCAAGACACCGAUUAAAGAGUUACACGGUCCCUGGGACAUAAUAGAUUGGCGGGAGGAUCCAGAAGCACAUUGGAGAUAG